ACAAUAAAAAAAUAUGUAUCAAUUAAUAAGAAAUCAAAAUAUUAUUUAUAAAGAUCAAAUACUUAAAAAUUAGUCGAUUUUUUGUUUCCAGAAAACAUGGCGGACGACGAAAACGAGCGAAUCAGGACGUUCUUCGGUUCUUGUUUUAUUUUGUCACUCCGCCGGAUGUACUAGAGCACACUCCGGUGGGUUUAUUUGCACGCAGAGUCCGUCUCUGGGUUCAGUCAGAGGAAGAGGGACGCUCCUAUGACUCCGCCAUGCUUGGGAAGAGAUCACUGCUGGCGGCUCUGCUGGCUGUGGCUGUUGGGGUUUACCUCCUGCCGUCUCCCAUAGACCCCAAACCUCACAGGCUGAAAGGGCCCCCUCCCGCUCUCGAGGGGCCGCUGGCGGUGAACACCCGCCUCCAGAAGGGGCGCCGGCUGUUCACCGGGAAACUACACGGACCAGAAUCCUUCACUGCCGAUGGGGAUGGUAACAUCUACACUGGAACUGUGGACGGGAAGCUGUGGAGGAUCAGCCCUGAUGACAACCUCACCUUCAUCACGCAGAUGGGACAGAACCUGCCGGAAUGCGGCAGCAGCACCGAUUACGAGCCCGUGUGCGGUCGCCCUCACGGCGUCCGCAUGGACCGCCACAAUCAGCUGAUCGUCGCAGACUCGUACUUUGGGCUGUUCUCCGUCAACCCCAGAACGGGAGAGAAGACGCUCCUGCGGUCGAGUGCUGAGGGUGCCGAUGGAGUUCCUUUUGCUUUUCUCAACGGCCUUGAAAUUUCCGCCCAAACUGGGAUCGUCUAUUUCACCGACUCGUCGAGUCGUUGGGGGCGCCGACACGUCAAACUGGAGGUGAUUGAGCUGAACAGUCUGGGUCGACUCCUGUCCUACGACCCUCGCUCUGGAGACGUGUCGGUGCUGCUGGACGAGCUCUACAUGCCCAACGGCGUCGCCCUGUCGCCCGACGAAGACUUCCUGCUGCUGGCCGAGACCAGCAUGGGACGCAUUCACAGGUUUUGGCUGAAGGGUCCGAAGGCCGGCACCGGGGAAGUCGUCAUAGACAACAUGAUCGGUUACCCCGACAACAUCCGUCUCAGCGACCACGGCACCUUCCUGGUCGGCAUUACCACGCCUCGCUUCCGCAGGUUCACGCCCCCUUUCCUGGACGCAAUCGCUCCGUACCCUGCUGUCAAACGCUUUCUGGCCAAGGUGGUUCCUCUGAGCUGGUACAACGUCCUGCUGCCGCGCUACGCCCUGGUUCUGGAGCUGGGCCUGGACUGCCGGAUCGUGGGCUCCCUUCACGACCCGGAGGGCCGGCUCACCUGGGCCGUCAGCGACGUCUUCCAGCACCGGGGCAGAACCUACCUGGGCAGCACCGACCUGCCGUUCCUGCCGGUCCUGGAGAGUUGAUGUCGUAGGAACUCUGAGGUGGGAACUCCUGAGGAGCAAAAGAGCUCAGACUUUGUUCUCUUUUGAUUCUACGUCUGCAAAGUUCAACCAAGCAGCCGAUUGGAGGUUAAAGUGAGGUCCGACUGAAGAACAGAACCGACUAAAGUUCUGAUGUCCAGGAGUUUCUACGCUUGAUUUUGAAGUUACAACGUUUCUGUUUAAGACGUUUGCUUUCAGAAUACGGUGGUCCUGAAGGUUCAAAUCACAUAAAUAUCACUCAAAACAUUUUAAAGAUCACAUUGAGAAUUUAAAAAGUAAAACAAAUAAUAAAAAAGCAACAUUAUACUUUAGAAAUCAAAAUAAAAUGACAACAUUUCUGAAGUAAUUUCCAGAAAUCAAAAGGAAAUGUUAGAAACAAAACACAGUAAGAAGCUGGAAAAUAUUGGUACUAUGGGAUAUCACUGAUUGGAUGUUGACGUUUUUAUUAGUAUGCAAACACUGAAGAUGUAUUUUAAAAAAAAAUGCUUUAACGUCAAAAAUACCCAAAUGUUUCCAGUUUGUUAUUGUGUUUUUUCUUUAGUUUAAUUUUUAUUUUGUCUCAUUUUAAGAAUAAAAAAAAAAAAUGUAAUUGUCGUUUCAAAUUUUUCUUAAUGUGUUUUGAGUGAUUUGUUUGGUGUGAUUUGCACCUUCAGGGCCACCGUACCAUUAAGAGCUAAAAAACAAAACCACUAACCUGUUUUGUCUUUUCUGUUUAUCCUUCAAUCCUCUGAAAUAAUUGCUAACAACAACAAAUACUGAGGAAAAACUAACAGAUUUAUUCACUUUGAACUUAUUUUUAGAGGAAAAACAAACAAAUUAAAGAUUAAAGCCACUAAAAAUUGUGUUUUUAAUAUCGUCUUGUGGCUUUUUUCUGAUGGUGGAAGACAUAUAUAAAGAAAAUUCAGAAUUAGAAUUUCAUUUUUAAAGUAAUUUCCAGAAAUCAGUACAAAAUGUUAAAAAACUAAACUGAAAAAUGUUGGUAUUAUGGGAUAUCACUGAUUGAUGAUGACGUUUUUUUUAUUAGUAUACGAACAUUUAAGAUUAAUUGCAAAAAAAAGCUCAUCAUCCAAUCCAAUCAUCUUGACAACAUUUUUUUGGUUUCUUAUUGCAAGUUAAUUUUUACGUUUCAAAAUUACCCUUUUUUUUCAUUUUUAUUUUCUCAUUUUUGGGGAUUUUAAUUUCUUUUGCUUUUUUUAAUUGUCGUUUUUAAUUUUUGUAAAUAUGUUUUGAGGGAUUUAUUGUUCUUAUUUGCACCUUCAGGGCCACCGUACCAGAAAGAGCUAAAAACAAAAUCCACUGAGAUGUUUUGUCUUUUGUUUAUCCUUUAAUCCUCUGAAAAUAAUGCUAACAACAACUUUUGAGGUAAAACUAACAGAUUUAUUCACUUUGAACUUAUUUUUAGAGGGAAAACCAACUAAUUAAAGAUUAAACCCAAUAAAAUUUGUGUUUUUUUAACAUGUU